AUGCUCCGCUACCUCGCCUCCAGCCGCUGGCACGCGACGCUCGCCGACCGGGCCGUGCUAUCGCUCACGGGCGCCGACAGCCGCAAGCUGCUGCAGGGGCUGACGACGGCCAACGCCGACGAGCUCGCCGCCGGCACGCCGCUCUACACGGGCUUCCUCAAUGCGCAGGGCCGCGUGCUCGCCACCGGCUUCCUGCUGCCGGCGUCGGAGGAUGGUGUGGUCAUCGACACGCACGUCGGCUCGGCGCCGCUCCUCCUCAAGCACCUGAAGCGCUACAAGCUCCGCUCAAAGGUGGCCAUCGCUGACCGGUCAGCGGAGCUCGCCGUCGUCGCCGCGUGUGGCACCGCCGUGCCGCUCGAGCCCGCCGACGGCGUCGCGCUACCGGGCGACGGCGGCGCGUGGCGCGACCCGCGGCUCCGCUGCCUCGGCUGGCGCGGCGUGGCGCCGCGUGCGGACGGAGGCGACGCCCAGCCGCCUGCAGAGCUGCUUGGCGGGGCAGGGGGCGGGGAGGGGUCCUCCGAGGCGGCGCCGGCGGCGCUGCACGCGCUCUGCGAGGCGAUUCUCGGCGUGGGCGACGGGCCCGCCUACUUGCCACCCACUGAGGCGCUGCCGCUCGAGAGCAACCUUGAGGUGCUCGGCGGCGUCGCGUUUGACAAGGGCUGCUACCUGGGGCAGGAGCUGACGGCGAGGACGCAGUCGCGAGGCGUGACGCGCAAGCGGAUGGCGCCGCUCAGGGCACUCGCGGCGGCGCUUCCGGUGGAGGCGUGGCUGGAGGCGCAGCCGGGCGGAGGCACGCCCGAGGGGGCGGGCAGCGCGCUGCAGGACGCGGCGGGCAAGCCGGCGGGCAAGUUGCGCCUCUUCGACAGCGCGCUCGGCCUCGGCGCCGCGCUCUGCCGCCUCGAGGCGAUGGGCGGAGGCGUGCUCACCGCAGAGGAGGCGGGCGAGGUCGUCCCGCUGCGGCCGUCGUGGUGGCCGGCCGGCGUGCACUAG